AUGCUAUUCCAAGUCUUCCCCUUAGUUCUAACAAUUCCCGGAAUAAUAUCCUAUUCCCUGUUGGAUGAACUACCCAUAGGCAUAGGGAAGGUUCCCUGGCAGGCUUCAAUACAAAUAAAUGGCCAACAUCAUUGUGGAGGUGUCAUAUAUAGUGAGGAUAUCAUCUUAAACAUAGCCGAGUGCGUGAGAAAGGCCAAUGUGAAAUAUAUCUCAGUGCGAGUGGGUUCCUCCUUAAAAAACUUGGGAGGUAUUGUGAUGAAUGUGGGGAGGAUUCAAGCAAUGGGCAUACGAUCCAGUGACGUGGUAAUACUUCAGCUGACGAGCUCUUUAAAAUUGGGUGCCAAUAUACAAGCCAUUCAGUUGGCCACUUCAGUACCUUCGCCUGGAACCAAAGCCACAGUUUCGGGUUGGGGACAACUCUCGACUUUGGUGCCCUCAUCGGAAAUAUUACUUAGAGUGCAUCUUAAAAUAGAAAACCAGGUGAAGUGCACUGCGCAACAGGCUAUAAAAGGAAGAUUGCUAAAUGUGGACGAGAUUUGCGCUGCUGCCAGGGGAAUCGUUCCUCUCGCCUGUCAAGGAUUCGUCGGAGGUCCUUUGGUUUCCGGCAAUAAGCUCGUGGGAAUCGUUUCCUGGCACAACUCUUGUGAUUUCUUCAAUACUCCCAGUGUAUUCGCCAAUAUUCCCUGGCUUAAAACUUGGAUUGAUACCACUGUGCGGCUAAUGAAAACAUUUAACAUAGGAUAACACUAUAUGUUUCUGAAUAAGCCAGAUUAAUAUAAUCACCACCGGUUACUUUAAGUGCCUUCCUUGUAAAGUAUUUAUUUUACGUGAAAAAAUCUCAGCCAACGAAAAAACCGAAAUGAAAUCCCCGGCAAUAUAGGCCAUUCCCAAAAAAAGCUACACAAAUAUUUAUAUUUACAAAUUGUUUUCGUUUACCCAUAAACUGUAUAUGUAUUUUUUUGGGCCGCUGCUUGUAUCGCAAAAUUGAAAUUUAAUUUAUUUGCAUUUUAUUCUAUGAUCUGGGGAGUGCGGCACAGAUGAAUAUUAUUAAUACGACCCAUAAGCCCAAUAAAUGCUCAUGAUUCCUCGCGUUCUACCCGCCGUUGUUCUCAUUUUUGUUUUCCUGCUGCCGGUUGGCUGUGCAUUUUUUAUGGUUAUGAGCCUUUUUGUAA